CAACUCGCCAUCAUUCAUCCCUCCGUUGCGUCUUCACUUGUGUUUCCCCUCAACUAGCUUAUUCUUAGGACCUCGCUCUCGCAUUCCACACAGACUUGCAGCUCGCGUCGCCACGUAGUAGAGCACCAAAGACACUCAAAACAUCGGCUUAACUGCUUUUUCCACACAGUCACGAGCCGCCAUGGUCGCGGAGUCGUCGACACCCACGAAGGAUCUCUCGCAAUCCUUCGGUUCUCUCGCGCUGAACAGUACUCCAUCCGUUCACGCUGUUCGAGCCGAGAGCGAGAUGCAAGGCGAUGUAGGUCGAGAGAGCGGCGACGGGUCGGGUCUGCCUGCUGAGCUGCUGUCGACCGUCUUGGGGAUGCUGCUGUCGCUCGACGACCUCGCCACCGCCGCGAGGGUUAAUCGGGCAUGGCGCAUCUCCGCGCUGUCCCCCUCGCAGCUGCGCGCCUGCGCGAUCGACGACGACCGCCCUACCGCGCCCUCCGCGCACAGCCGCGCGCUCGCGCUCACCCGCGCUGUCUCCCGCGCGCCCAUGCCCCCAAACCGCCCCCUCCGGAGCUCUGGCUCAACCCCGCCGCGUUCUCCCCGUUCCUCCACUUCCGCACGCCGCAAAGUCCCCGCCGCCCGGCGCACACCGCCUUCAGCAACCCCGUGACAGCAUCCUCCGGCGCCGCUAAUGCGGUGGAAGUCUCCUCCUCCAGCCUCGCCAGCGGCGUGUCGUUCGGCGGCGCUGCGCCGGCGACACCAGAAGCUGCGGUCGCCUGCAGGCAGGCGGAAGGCGCGGAGGGACGCGGCUGGAACUCCGAGGAUGAGCGAGCGGCGGGCAGCGCGUACGGCGGAACGGGGGAAAGGGGGUCGUGGUCGUCGCCGCGCACGCCGUCGCCUGUGGCGAUGAGGGAAGGCGAGGUGACGACGCUCGAGGAGGAGGUCGCUGACGCCGUGAAACACGGCAGGUUCCUGGGUGACCUGGACCUGCGCUCUCCACGAAUUACGGACCGCACAUUGCAGCGGGUCCUGCGCGCCUGUCCGCGCAUGCAGUCCCUGCGCGUGCAGCACGUGUGCAUGGGCGCCACCUUCAACGGCUCCCCUCCCCCUUUCCACAGCCUCCUCUCCCCCACCUCCCCCUACCACCUCCCCGCCUCCACCUCCCCCUCCCCGUCAUCUUCCCCCCACCAGCUUCCCCUGACCACUUCGUCCCCCCCAUGCAGCCCUCAACCCUCCCAUGCCGCCCCCCCCACCUGCUCCGCCUCCCCGCCUCACACACCACGCGACUCCUCCUCUCCCCCGCUCUCCUCGCCGCGUCCUCUCCCUAGCCCGCAAGUGCCUCCCCCAUCCCCCCAUUCCCCCCUCACUUCCCCUCCCCCGCCCCCCUACCCGUGUGGCUGCCUGCCCCUGUCCGCCCGUGGCCUGGCGGGCAUUGGCGCGCUGUGUCCGCGGAUCAAGGCGCUCACCCUCACGCUGCAGCAUGUGGUGUUCUCGUGCGACCUGGCGGGCGUGAUGGCGUGCGUGGGCGCGCUGCCACGCCUGGAGAUGCUCGUGGUCGACCUGCACAUGCCUUUCUUCGGCCAGUCAGUGAAGCCCGAUGCCAUGUGGAGCACGCACUCCUGCUUCACGCACCAGGCCAUGGCAGCGCUGGUGUCGGCGGGGCCUGCUCCCCUCGCAGCACUGUCCCUCAGCCCCUGCGCCCUCACACCCUCCUCCUUCACCCUGCUCGCCACUGCUUUCCCCCGACUCAUGGCACUGGACCUGCAAGAGCUGCAGAGCAAACCCCUGCACCUCACCCACGCCCUGCCACUCCAGGCGCUCCAGCAUUUACAGGCGCUGGCUCUUGGCCCCACACUCAUGCCAGCCCCAGGUGGGUGGGAGCUGCCCCUAAGGGGUUUGCAGCGUUUGCGCUUGGAGAUGGAUUUCCUCCCCUCCCAGGAGUUGCUCGGUCAACUCCGCUGUAGCUGCCCAAAGCUGAAAAGCCUUCACUUGUUGUGGGGGCGAGUGCACAAAGGAGGAGUUAUGGAGGCAUACGUAUGCCCUUUAUCAUUAGAGACCAUCAGCUCCUUGUAUUCCAACAACCAGUGAUGAGAUGCUGUUCCAGUUACAA